AAUAUCGGCGGAGCGGCCUCGGACCGGGGAACCAGGCAAAGGGUUAGAAGGCAGCCGGCGCCAAGUAGGUGCGCUGCAACCUUCAGCUGCAUUUUCCACCCGCCCGGCUUGAACGGCUUGGCAACCGGGACGGCCCGUCUUCUGUUGACAGCAGGCGAAGCUGUUAGCCAGGGGAUCAGCCACCGCCGCCGUGGUGAUCUCUGGAAGGUUUCCUGAUCAGUCGCUCUCCCGGAGCUCGUUGGGCUAGGUUGAUCAAAAUGACAGAAGACCCAAUGUCAGAAAGUUGGAACUCAACAACACUAUCUGCAAAUGCUAGCAAUAAUGUAAUUCCCGUGCAUGAAGCAACUCAGGUCGUCAGUAUUUUGGACUCCAGAGCCCCCAGUGGCAUUGUACCAACAAAAGAAACAGCUCCAUUGAACAGGUGCAAGCAACACCCCCAGGGAUCUCUGGCCAAGUUAAAGACCACAGGAAGAAGAAUAUUUGCUUGUCCUCCACAAGGCAUCCUUGCCAGAAUAGCAACAAAUGUGGUAGCAGUAGUACUGAUCUGGGCUGUAAUCUGGUCUAUUACAAACCGUGAAAGUCUUCCUGGUGGUAACCUCUUUGGACUUUUAUUCCUCUACCUCUUUGCGGUAAUUGGUGGUAAAAUUAUGGGCUUAAUUAAAUUUCCUGGUCUGCCUCCACUCCCUCCCCUUUUGGGAAUGUUGCUUGUUGGAUUUCUUCUUAGAAACAUCCCAUUAAUCUGUGACAUAGUCCAGAUCAAUGUGAAAUGGGGAGCCUCACUGAGAAGUAUUGCUCUCUCAAUUAUCUUGGCCCGUGCUGGCCUUGGCCUGGACCCAAAGGCUCUGAAAAAACUAAAGGCCGUCUGCUUUAGAUUAAGCUUGGGACCCUGCCUCAUAGAAGCAUGUAUAGCAGCUGUCGUAUCUCAUUUUCUCAUGCACCUGCCAUGGCAGUGGGGAUUUAUACUUGGAUUUGUCCUAGGUGCUGUGUCUCCUGCUGUUGUAGUCCCCUCAAUGCUGGUUUUACAAGCAGGAGGAUAUGGUGUUGACAAAGGUAUCCCAACUUUGCUAAUGGCUGCAGGAAGUUUUGAUGACAUCCUGGCUAUUACAGGUUUCAACACCUGCUUAGGGAUAGCAUUCUCUUCAGGCUCCACCCUUGAAAAUGUCCUUCGAGGUCUAUUAGAAGUUGCAGUGGGUAUAGCAGCUGGUGGACUUCUAGGCAUUUUUCUUCGUUACUUUCCCAGCAAGGAUCAGGCAUAUCUUGUAUGGAAGAGAGCAUUCUUUGUUAUAGGCCUAUCAAUGUUUGCAGUUUUUGGCAGUAUGUAUUUUGGCUUCCCUGGAUCUGGAGGAUUGUGCACAAUUGUCUUGGCAUUUCUGGCUGGAUUAGCAUGGUCUGAUGAGAAAAAAGAGGUAGAAAAAAUUAUUAAGGUUGCAUGGGAGAUUUUCCAACCUUUUCUUUUUGGUUUAAUUGGAGCUGAAAUAGCUGUUGCAUCUCUUGAUCCUCAAACAGUUGGAUUCUGCAUUGCCACACUGGCUGUUGGACUGGUAGCCCGAAUUACAGCCACAUUUGUGUUGGUGUGUUUUGCUGGCUUUAAGCUGAAGGAGAAAAUAUUUAUUUCACUGGCUUGGAUCCCCAAAGCCACUGUGCAGGCUGCAAUUGGUUCAGUUGCCUUAGAUACAGCACGGGAGCAGGCAGAUAAACGAUUAGAGAAGUAUGGCAUGGAUGUCUUGACAGUUGCUUUCCUGGCAAUCUUAAUCACAGCUCCAAUUGGAGCUGUAAUAAUUGGGUUGGCAGGGCCCCAACUUCUCCAAAAGGCUGCUGAUACCAACAGAGAAGAUCAUAUAUAUGAAGAAAGAGAAGAAAUAGAAAUACACGGGCCAGCAUAGGGAAGUGUGAGCGCAGCCCACAGAUUACCUACACUGAGACUUCUUAGGAAUCAUGGUGUCUACAAGUAACCUAUAGAAGUUUGAAGGCCUAUAAGAUACACUGUAGAUCUUUCAAAUAUAUGUAUAUAUUUUUUAAGAUGAGACCUGUUGGAGUUGUUUAGUUAGUCAGAGCCAGUGUUAGUCAUAGUUUUUCGUAGGUUUACUUUUGGUGGCUAGCAGUUCAUUAGGUAAAGAGAAGGUUAGUGGCUACUGAAUUAUUUAAAGUACCUGAAGGAGAAGAAUAAAUAAAGCUGUUGAGGUUAAACAUACCUGGGUUAACAGAAGUCUUCUAGAUGCACUGCCUGGGUGAGAGCUAGGGAUUACUGAUAAAGACUUCCAUGCCUCCCUCUUGUGGUGGGAAAAUAGUGGGGAUUGAGAUUUUUUUUUUACUGGUAGGGACUUUGGUAGCCUGAAGUCUUCUCUGAGGGAUAAGUUGGUAAGGGUAAAUUAGUGUAGUUAAAGUAGAUUAUACGCAGAUAAUGUUGAAGAGAAUUGGUGUGUUAGGGGUGUAAAUGGUGGGUGCCAGGCUAAAAAUGUCCUUAAGAGGUAGCUGUUGCCUGGGGUAUGUGUGUUGGGUGAGAGCAUGGCAAGAUAAAUAGGAAGAAAGGAAUGUUGUGAUGGGGCCCACCUGUGGAUUAUGACAGGCAGAGGUAGGUAUGGCAGGAAGCACCAGCUCGACUAUUACAGGAAAAGAGAGACCCAUAUAUUUGUGUAGGUCUCUUCUUCUAAGCCAGAUAUUCCAGACCAGGGCCCAGGUGGUUGAAUUGCUGGGCAUCUUGGCCUCCAGUUACUGCUGGAAAAUGACAAGUCAGUGCAAAAUAAGACCAUGUCCAUCUACGACAUGUUGGUGGAUGAAUCUGCUGACUUGGUGUAAAUUACUGAAACCUGGGUGGACAAUGAUGGGGAUGUAGCCCUGUUGCAAAUUCGCCUUGCUGGUUUUCAGAUCAUGCAGCAGCUGUGACACUGUGGCCAAGGAGAAGAGGUUGCUGUGAUGGUACAAGACACCUUUGCAGUGAUGAGGAGCACUGUUCCAAGGGUGAUUAGAUACAAAUGCCUGUAUAUGACAUUGGGCUAUAGAAAGCCCUCCAUGAAUUUCUGGAUGUCAUCUCAGGGAUGGUGAUGGGCCUCCCAAGAUUGUUUGGGGGAAUUUUGAGCUUCAUGCCCUGGAAGAGAGGUUCAGUGUAUUUCAUGAGUUUAUGGUGAUCAUGGACCUGCCUCAAGUAAUCCCAGUGCCAACAGACGUAAGUGAAUAUUCAUUAGACCUGGUCUUUUCUUUGGAGCAAAUAAGACAACUGGAGAUGGAGGACACUGAUACCUAUUGUCUGCCACGGUCAGAUCACUUCCUCAUCAAAUUCAUAGACACCCAACUCUUCCAUAUACAUGGUAAACCUUUUCAAUUGGUGUGCUCCAGAACCUGGAUGGAUUCCAGUGGACUUCAGAGGAAAUGUGAAGGGUUUCCUGAUAAACUGGUGAAUUAUUGUGUUUUGUGUCUGGCUGACCUAUGGAUCCAGCUGUUUCUGACAACUGGGGGGGGUACUAAUUUUGUAUAUGUUCAUUUUUUUAUGACCUACUCUGUUGUACAUUGCCCAGUAUAUACAGAUUGAAGUGGGCUACAAAAAUUAUAAAAUAAAUGAAUACUAUUGAAAAAUACAUUUUUAUUCAAUCAAUAUCCAAAUGUGCCUUCAUCCUUCUGGAGAAGAGCAGUCACAAGCACACUGCAUAAUUUGGACCUGGUAUUUUAUGGAUGAAAUAAACAGCAGCCAGAUUUGGAGAUAUGAGUGCUAGCUAAGAGUAGAGAAGUAAGUAUUUCAUAUGGCUUCCAAGUACUAAGCAUAGAAGAAAAACACAUGUAGGAUCAAUAAUGGGAGGAAAUAAUAUAAGACUAAAUUUAGGAAGUUCAUAAUAGCUAGUAAAAGCUCAUCUGUUAUUUUCAGUAGAUAAAGGCAGUAUCUUGUGCUACUGCUGGUUGCGUACCAUUUUUGGAAUAAUUUUGUGCCAUCCUAGAACUGAUUGUUUUCCUUAUAUAUAAAACAAAGUGGCUUAAUGAGCAUUCA